AUGGCACACGCCUCCACUCCUGGUUCAUCAAGAUGCUCCCCGACUGUCGAGGUCUUGAUGUCUCCUUCUCUAGCUAAAUUUUGGUCUCCUUUUUGUCAGAUUUGUGAUCCGUCCUACCAUUCUAUUUUUCCAGGAGAAUGCCGGAAGUAUCCUUUCCAGAGCCAUUUCUUGGAUACUUUGCCUUGUAACAGCCUUGACCUUAGAGCCCUAGAUAUCGCUCAUCGUCUAGAGAUGGUUCGCAUCAUGAUACAACGCUUGAAGUGCAACGUAUUCAUGCUUUCGUAUCGCGGCUAUGGGGAAAGUGAUGGUUAUCCGUCACAGCAUGGGAUCAUAAAAGAUGCUCAGGCUGCGUUGGACCACCUUUCUCAAAGGACAGACAUUGAUACAUCUAGAAUAGUUGUAUUUGGAAGGUCCCUUGGGGGAGCUGUUGGAGCUGUGCUUACCAAAAACAAUCCCGACAAGGUAUCUGCAUUGAUUCUGGAAAAUACUUUCACAUCCAUUCUUGAUAUGGCUGGUGUUUUGCUGCCCUUCUUGAAGUGGUUUAUUGGAGGAAGUGGUUCUAAAAGCCUGAAACUUCUCAAUUUUGUUGUACGCUCCCCUUGGAACACAAUUGAUGCUAUUGGGGAGGUCAAACAGCCAGUACUUUUCCUCUCUGGGCUGCAAGAUGAGAUGGUCCCUCCAUUUCACAUGAAAAUGCUGUAUGCGAAAGCAGCUACCCGCAACUCUCAGUGCACAUUUGUGGAAUUUCCAAAUGGGAUGCAUAUGGAUACAUGGAUGUCUGGUGGUGACGUUUACUGGAGAACGGUCAUGCAGUUCCUUGUAAAGCAUGCGCCUGAGGAAAGGAAACACAAUACGGGUAAAAUCAUCUCUCAUGUUUGA